CGUCGUUGAGUGGGGGGAAUGAAGGAGGAACCGCUGCAACUCGAACCGGAAGGUCGCAACCAAGUCGCGAGGAGUUGCUCAAAGCUCAAGAAGCAUGGGAUCGGAAGGAUCGCCAGGCAUUUCAGUACCUGUGUUGGGCUUUGGAGGGGCAACUUGAGCUUCUUAAGAUGCUGAUUGACCUGAAGGGGAAGGAAGGUGCAGCAGCUGCAGCUUGGAAAAGAGUGCAAGAUAGGCACUUGCAGAAAGGGCUUCUAAGCGUGCUUACUUGGCGGAAGCGGUUUUACACCAUGGAGCGGAACUAUGGGGAGGGGGAGACCAUGGUUCAGUAUCUCCAGAGGGUGGAUGAGAAUGUGAGGGCUUUGGAGGAGCUAGAUUACACGGUUGAUGCUGGAAGAGGCCUAGAAGGAGGCAUGGGGGCAGCAGAUAAAGCUUCCUUCAGGAAAGGCUAUCAACAGCAAGGAGGUGGGGGGAAGAAGAAAGAGUUGGACAAAUGCCUUGAUGCAUCUCUUGCUGGUCGUGCAUUGGCUGAUCCCAACUUCCUGGUUCUAGACUCUGGAGCAACAUCUGGGAUGCUUCCUCGCCGUGAUCUUUUCACCUCCUACCAUCCUCUCCCACCAAACUCUAGGAGAGUGAUUGUUGGGAGCGGAGAUUUGCUGCAGGCAAUUGGCAUCGGCACGAUCACCAUUAAGGGGAAGGAGGGGGAGCUAGGUGCACUGUUAGAAAGGGUGAAGCUGUGGUGAUGGAGGCAAAGCUGGACAAGGGUUUAUACCUUGUUCCAGCUUGUGUGCCUAAUUGUUACAAGGCACAUAUGGUUUUUUCUGAGGAAGCCGCUUGUAGCACUCGCUGGAAGCAGGUGGAAACGGUGUCACCUGAGUUGCUACACCUU